AUGAGUUGUGAUUUCUUUGAACACAUUCCCACAAAACAUGAAUUGUUAUGUUUCAAGUAUCCCGAACUUAAGAACAAGACAGGGUUUGAGCCCGGAGAUGUGUUUGCGAUAGGUGAUAUUAUGGAUGAGGUUGAUUCGGUCACAGAACUUUACGUGCUCCGUGCUCAAGUGACGAACAAGUCAUAUGGUAUAUCGACCUGGGUACGAUUCACAAACUUUGAGAUAUUCUUUGAUGUUCUUGUACCAUCGACACAUCCAAAUCCCAAUGCGUAUUGCCAGAUUCUCAUUAACAUGCUGGAAUACACAAAUGCAAAACAUCCAAAUGGAUCAUGG